AUGGGGCAAGAACGGGCAGCUAGAAGUGUUUGCAUUAGUUUUACAGAUAAAUCAUCAAUUGAAGCAUUUGAUGAGGAACAAUUUGAACUUUAUAGUAUAGAGCAGCAGCAACACUUGCAAGAACAACUACAACAGCAACAUAUUAAUCAACAACAACAACUACUACAACAUCAUCAACAACAACAGCAACAGCAGCAUCAUCAUCAUCAGCAACUACCUCAAACAAGAAAUAAACGUUUAGAAAAAUUAAAAAAAUUAAAAUUACGAGAAAUACAAUCACUUGCAUUAGAAGGUGGCGAUACAGGACGAGGUUAUUGUUCAUGCGAUGAACAGUGGACUGGAUCGACAUCAUCGGCAUCGUCACCAACAUCUGUGUCACCCACACUACUGCUAAACCAGCAACAUGAACAACAACAGCCAACAGCACAGGACGAAGCCCAAUGCCAAUUAAAGCUACAGCACCCAUUGGAAGAUGCAAUAAUAUCAUCAACAACUUCGCCAACGCCAUUGCCAUCGCCAAGAACAAUGAUAAUAACAACAGCAGCAACAACAGCAGCUACAGCCUCAACGACAGCAGUGGCAAUAGCAACUACAACGCCAAACAGCAACACUGAAGCGCACGAAAAGACUUCCGAAAACGGAAGUGGAACAAACGAUGCGACCGGCGGAAGCGGAUACAACAGGACAAACAAACAAUGCAAUGGUUCAACAGCAAUGAGCCUACUAAAACAACAACAGCAGCAGCAGCAUCAUCAGCACAAUGAACAUGAUAAAAUAAACAUGAUGGUGGUGGAGAAAUUUAAUGAAACUAACAAUUUCACCGAUACCAUCAGCAUCAGUCCAGGCAGCAGCAGUAGUAACAUUAAAACCAUAACACUACGACGCAAUCCCAUACAGCAUCGUCUGAAACAACAGCAUCAUGUACGUUUUUCAGAUGAAAAAAAUUUCUCUGAUUAG